AUGAACCUCCCGCUGGCCACCAACCAGCCAGUUACAGUGGAACUCAAAAACGGGAACUCCGUCAAUGGUCAGGUGCUUUCGUGCACACCGACCAUGAACCUCUCGAUGAAGAACAUCAAGCUCAUACAACCUCAUCAGGACCCUCAGCUCAUGCCGUUCAUAAACAUUCGAGGAAACCAAAUAAGACAAGUGUUGCUACCUGAUGACCUAAAUAUCGAAAGUUUGCUUGCAAAGAGUGCAGUCAAGAUGAAGGGUCCUGGGGCAGGGCCAGGAAAGCAGGUCAACAAGAGACCAGCCAGAAGGGGAGGCAAAAGAGCCUUCUGA